UUCAUUCGCAUUUUUUAAUCUCUUCAAGAUAUCAGGAACUCGAGAAAAUGAACAAGCAGCAGUUAUACAUUGGCGGUGAAAACGUACACUACUAAAUAUAGCUGUUUGCUAAAUUUAAUGCGGCGGUUGAGGUCGAAGCUACUUUGCGAGAUGAGUUUAACCGGUCUACCACGUGUUUUGGUUACUAGCAACGAAACGCCGCCAGCUGGUAUCGAUUUGCUUCGACCAAAAUGCGACUUGACUAUUAUACCAGCUAUCAUGAGCACUCGACAGCAAGUGCUAGAGGUUCUACCUGGACACGAUGCCGUUUUCCUCGCCAGUCAUCAUGAAGUCAACAACGAGUUCCUGGACAUCGCCGGUCCGAAUUUAAAAGUUGUAUCGACAAUGUCGGCUGGUUACGAUCACUUGGACGUCCCGGAAAUUAAAAGGAGAGGAAUCAAGGUCGGACACACGCCAAUGGUGCUGUCGGCUGCAGUUGCGGAGGUAGCAGUGCUCUUAAUGUUAGCUGCAGCGAGACGUGCUUAUGAAGGUCGCACGAUACUGGAACAGGGUCAACGUGAAAGGGGACCACAGUGGUUACUGGGACAGGAUUUACGAGGCUCGACAGUCGGCAUCUUUGGUUUAGGAAAUAUUGGUCAAGCGAUCGUUAAACGAUUAAUGGGAUUCGAAGUGGAACGCUUUAUCUAUACCGGACAUUCGCGCAAGAAAGCAGGUGAUGAACUUGGGGCAACAUUUGUAUCUUUCGAUGAUCUUUUAAAGGAAAGUGACUUCCUUGUGGUCGCGGCUCCCUUGACUAACGAAACUAGAGGACUUUUUAAUGACAGUGUUUUCGAUAAAAUGAAAAGAACAUCAAUCUUUGUGAACAUAUCUCGUGGCCAACUUGUCAAUACCGAUUCGCUUGUAAGAGCUCUUCGUGACAAGAAAAUAUUUGCUGCUGGAUUAGAUGUUACUGAUCCGGAACCGCUACCCCCGGAUCAUGAACUUUUAAAGCUACCCAAUGCAGAAAUUAUACCACAUUUGGGCAGCGCAACAAUCAAGACCCGCAACGAUAUGUCGAGAGUUGCAGCACAAAACAUUCUCAAUGGUCUUGAGGGCAAGCCCUUAGUUUAUCCUUUAUAAUAAAUCAUUUUUCUCGUAUAA